GAAAGCUCUCUAUUUGUCGUCAAUUUUCCGGCAUAACAGACGCAACAUUUGCCAAAAGAGUAACGCGCGAGCUGCGUAGAGCGGAAAACACUUGACAAUUAUGUAAAGCUUCUCUCUCGCCCGAAAACAAGUUUGCAAACAACAAAAAAUGAAUAAACUCGUGGUACCGUAAAACUAUCAAAAGACUAAAGAAUAAGUGGCAACAACUCAACUCAACUCAACUCAAAGGAAACAACAAACGAAAACUCUCUCAGAAAGUGCAAGCAAUUAAAAAUAAUUUCACAGUUUGCUAACGAACAAGAGCAGCGAAAUACAAAAUAUAAUAAAACAGAAACCGAAUCUUGAAUGUCGCGCAAAAUGUUGCAAGUGCCGGUGGCAACACUCGUGCUGCUGUCGUUGCUGCAUCUUGCUGAUGUCGCUGCUGUCCCAGAUGCAGCAGCGCCAGCUACAGCAGCAGCUGCAUCAACCACAACGACAACCGGAAUCGAUGCCAGCCUAAAGAAUGCCAAGUUGAUUGAGGGCAAAGUGCUCCCCGAUUUGGCCAUCCUGCAACGCGUUAACCAGGAAGACGAAAAGUGGCAGCAAGUCUACCGGUUUAUCGACGAUGGAUUUCCCGUCCUCGAGUUAUAUGGCUACAAGCCGAAAUCGGACCUGCCCUACACAUUGAUUGUGCCCAAAAUCGAUGUACGAAGCAUUGAGAAGCCGCGGCUGAAGGAGUUCAUGUUGGAGCAUGUGGUGCCUGGGAAAGUCUUUGACAGCUACAGCACGGUGGGCAAUGGUAAUGGUAACAGCAAGGAGGAAGAGGAGUCCUUCGGCAAUGGGAACGGACAUAAAAUCGUUUUUCGUAAAUUGGAAAAAUCCCACAACAAUGUUUGGCUACUCAAUGGCCAGCAAAUACUCCACAAGCUGCGUAUCAAUGAGAACCUGAUGGCCAUUGCAAUUGAUGGUUAUUUGGGCGAUAGGAAGUCGCCCUACUCCAAGCGCAAUAUUCAGGAAACGAACAACCGCUAUAACGACCCCCAACCGCUGGAACAGCCGAACAUUACAAAUGCACAUGCUAAGGUGGAGCCCGUUAUCAAGGAAUCGAAGGCCAGUCCACUGAUGUCCUUUUUGGCCAACAUGAAGACGGGUACCAAGGUGUUCCAGCACUUCCUCUCCAAGAGCAAUCUGACCCGCAUUAUGGACGACAAUGCGUAUACGGUCCUGAUUCCAUCGGACAACGCCUUCCAACGAUGGCAUCCCAUCGACUGGGGAUUCUAUCCGUUUUCCGUACCGGAAUUCACCGAGUCGGUGCUUAGGAAUCACUUUCUUCCCAUGCAGCGACCCCUGCGGCUGGCCGAUGUUCGGAAUAUGGACGAAGUCGUUGUGACCACCAUGGGUGGCGAGGAUGUCAUCUUCCACGGCCAACCCACUCCCACGGUGAAUAAUGUGAGCAUUAUGUCCGACUACAACCUCUCCAAUGGCAAUCAGGUCUUCAUUAUCUCCGAGGUCCUCUUCGUUACCGAGGCUGUGGUCUCCAAAUUACAUCAGAUGCACAAAGAUAAGGAGACGCCUCCCCUUCUGGCAUUCCCCUGGUUUGGAGCACAGUUCCUGUCCCAUUCGUUUUUGGCUUUGGAAAGGGAUCCUCGAUUUACACAGAUUACUAGAUACCUAAACAGUGCCGAGAUUGCUCCCCAUAUUUCCGGUGCCAACUACACUUUCUUUGUUCCAGAAGAUCGGGCCUUUGAGAAACUAGGCUUCGACAAGCUUUCAGAUGAGGUCAUGGCUUCUCAACGCGGCGUGAAAAUGUUGCUAAAUCACUUCGUCAAAGGCCGUCUGUACAACCGUGAUCUGCGCGAUAAUGAGGUUUUCGAGACGAUCGGCGGUGGUCAUAUAAAGAUCACUCGUAAUCCGGGCAGCAACUACACCAGCGUUAACAAUGCCCAGAUUACAGAAAGUGAGGUGUUCGUCUAUAAUUUGGGCACCAUGUACUAUCUGGACGACAUCCUGUACUCCCACAUGCUGCGUGACUUUGUGACCAAGUCGACCAAGACGAGAUCCAACCGGCACGGUGAUUCCGGCGGAGGGACACGGAGCACCUCAAGGCCCAGCGAUGUAGAAAUCGUACCCAAUGAGUUCGAGGGUGAGCACAAUGGCGGGGACUAUACCAUUCAUGGAGAUGACGAAGACUUCGAGGAUGAGAUUAUUACGCCCAAGGCGCUGCCCGUCCAAAUAUACGAGUUGCCCAAGUAGGUGAGCGGGAUCUUGAUAGCUGGAAUUAUGUCAAAAUAUAUAUCGCGAAUGUAAAUGCGAAAAUAUUAUAGGUGGCACUAUGAAAUUGUUCUUUUAGAAAUACACCACAUUAGAUUUUUAUUUUCUUGUAACUUUAACAAAUUUUUUUUAGUUAAAUAAUUUCUAAAUGUUAAAAUCAAUCAUCAACCCUUUAAAUUCUAUAUUUUCUGACGCUUAUUUUAUUUUGGCAAUUAAUUAACGAUGUGCGUAUUAUUUUUUUGCAAUUGAUAUGGGUUAGAGGAAGGAGUGAGAAUGGGUGGCGAGGCGCUUGAAGCGUUUUUGUAUAGUUCUGGGCUAAUUUUUUAAAGCAUUUCUCUAGUUUAGUUCUUAGUUAUUCGUGUAUAUUUUAAGUUUAGCAUUGAACGAGGCGGUGAAACGAAGUAUACUACAAAACAAAAAAUGAACAUCAAGAGCAGAUGAAGGAGGAGCGACAGCGACAGCAACAAAUAUAUAAAACCUUAUCCUAAAGAACUUAUCAGCGAUUUAGACAAAGCUUGUAGACAUAGCGAGAAAUUGCAGCCAAACAAAUUACUACAAAUAUUCAAAGAGUAAACGAAGAGUAAAAUAUUAGCAGUGAAAUUUCAACAAAAUAUAAACAUAUACGUAUACUAUGCAAAUUCAAUUAGCGCUCAUCAGUGUUUAUGCUUUUUUGAGUCUAUCCAUGUGAGGGAGCAUAGCGAAAACAUAUCGGGGCUAAAUCGGCGAAUCGGCAAAUCGAAGAAGGUAGAGUUCCCUGGAAGGCAUUGGUAGUGGACGGGAGCGAGGCAAGAUAUAUCUAUAAAUACGAGUAUAUAUUACAAACAGAUAUUGUAUUUUUUAAUUUAAAGGUAUUGAUAUUUAAUGUAUCUGUGUAUAUGAACAACAACAACAAAAAAAGCAAUGAGAACGAAGCAUCCAAUUUUAUAAUAGUUUGUUAAAAUAAAAACAAAAAUCUUCCAGAAAAACAA